AUGAUUGUAUUCGUUGAAUAUUUUCAGGGCGAUUUCACGCGCACAGGUCGUCGUGAUUUAAAAGGUGUCCUGGCUGACGGGAAAAUCUCGGCAAAUCGUUAUUAUCGUCGUUUUAAGAAAGAUACUCUACGGCAACAAUGUUAUGAUGCUAUGCAAAAGCAAAAGCCAGCUACAGUCGACUCGACGAAAGACACAAUGGCGACGACUGGUCUCGAGUUCGAAAUUCCAAAUGAAAAUGUGAUCAAUCGUGAAGAAGUGUUGAAACAAAUAAUUCUCGACUGUCGGAAAAUGUGUGUCUGUGAAGAAACAGAGACUUGUCUUGGAACAUGGCUUCUCAUAAAUGAUAGUGAUCUAGAUGAAAUAUUGCCUGAACAAACGGAACCUGAUUGUGUGCUAGUUCUGACAUCUACUCGAUAUUUUGUUGUUUGUUAUGACGAAACCUUUCAAAAAGUUAUUUCUUGUAAAGAAACACCGUUAGCAUCUGUGGACAAAGUUGAAAUUGGUCCGAAUCCUUCGUCACCUCCCGGUAGUUCUUGGACACUUCGUAUACAUUAUAUAAAAGAUGGGCAAACAGGUGGUUAUUAUCAUCAAUUCCGUGGCACAUAUGUUCACGUAUUUAAUAUAUCUGUGAUGACUCUUCAAACAAUCGAUCAAAUCAAUGAUAAUCUAAGAAGAAUUGGUGAACUGCUUGUAGCUGCACUCAACCAUUUUGCACAAAAACCAUUCAAACUCAAUGAAAGACCAUUGCACAGUCUUGAUAAAACAUUAAUGAACAGUCUACCUGACGAUGUUGAACCGUUUCAACGACGAAUGAGCAUUUCGGUGACGGAAAUGCCUUCACUGGAAGCGAUUAAUAAUGAAAUAUCACCGAAUAACAAACCCACACUGGAUAGAAUCAAAAAUUUUGGUUCGCGAUUCUCGUCGAUGGUCAUGCGGCAAGCGGCACCAACGUUGAAUAAACUCUCAUCACAAGCAAAACAAAUUCCGAUCAAUGAAACGGUGUCAUCGUUAUUAAAAGUCAUUGGUGAUAGUUCAGCAAUGAUUCGCUCCAAUGCAACGAAACCCAGCGAAGAAGACGAACGUAGUUCAUCAACACCUGAGAAUACUCGAAAACGAAUCUUGCAAGAAAAAUUCGACGAACGAAAGAAAAAUCUACUUGCAGAACAAUGUCAAACGAAAUGUUAUCUUUUACCCGCCAAUGAUCUAAUGAUUAUUUAUAUUCCGAAUAAUUGA